CUCGCGGUGAAGAUGGCGCUCUCCAGGGUGUGCUGGGCUCGGGCUGUCCUGUGGGGCUCGGCGGCCACCCCCGGGCCUCAUGUCCCUCGGAAGCUGCAACUUGUUCGCUGUGGCCUGGCCUGGGGGGCCCCUCGGUGAGGGACCUGGGACAAAGGAGAGCGUUUCCGACAUACAGGCCCUCCCUUCCAGUGUCUCAACCUUGUUUGCAUGCUGGUCUCUAGUUGUCAGCAUCCCACGCCCUGGCCCCGGGGGUUUUAUUCUUCGGCUUCCAGGCCCUCAGGGCUGUCAGUGGCCCGUGUCCGAAUUCCCCAGUGGCCUGGACUCCUCCUUCAGCCUCCCUUUUCCGGCUCAGGCUCCACGGCUACUCCUCCGGAUCCCAUCGCGGGCCUUAGCUUGCUGUUGAAACGGCCCCUGCAGCCUCAUCCCACGCCCGACGUCCCUUCCCGCCGGAUCUUUCAUCGGCCCGAUAUGUCUUCAAAGCUUCACCUUUCUCCAAAGGCAGACGUGAAGAGCUUGAUCUCUUACGUGGCGGCCAAGACCAAAGUGAUUAAUGGGAAAUAUCAUCGUUUCUUGGGUCGUCAUUUCCCCCGCUUCUAUGUCCUGUACACAAUCUUCAUGAAAGGAUUGCAGAUGUUUUGGGCUGAUGCCAAAAAGGCUAGAAGAAUAAAGACAAAUAUGUGGAAGCACAAUAUAAAGUUUCAUCAACUUCCAUACCGGGAGAUGGAGCAUUUGAGACAGUUCCGUCGAGACGUCACCAAGUGUCUUUUCCUAGGUAUUAUUUCCAUUCCACCCUUUGCCAACUACCUGGUCUUCUUGCUAAUGUACCUGUUUCCUAGGCAGCUACUGAUCCAACAUUUCUGGACCCCAAAGCAACAGAUUGAUUUCUUAGAUAUCUAUCAUGCUCUCCGGAAGCAGUCCCACCCAGAAAUCCUUUGUUAUUUAGAAAAGGUUAUCCCUCUCGUUUCCGAUGCAGGACUCCGAUGGCAUAUGACAGAGCUGUGCACCAAGAUACAGCAUGGUACCCACCCAACAGUACAUGAUAUCCUGGCUCUGAGACAGUGUUUCUCUAACCAUCCUCUGGGCAUGAACCAACUCCAUGCUUUGCAAAUGAAAGCCUUGAGUCGAGCCAUGCUCCUCACGCCUCAUCUGCCUCCUUUCUUGUUGAGACGCCGUUUAAACACUCAGAUGGCUGUAAUUCACCAGCUGGACAAAGCUUUGGCAAAGCUGGGGGUUGGCCAGCUGACUCUCCAGGAAGUGAAAUCGGCUUGUUAUCUUCGUGGUCUGAAUUCUACCCAUAUUGCUGAAGAGAAGUGUCGAACGUGGCUGGGAGAGUGGCUACAGAUUUCCUGCAGCCUGAAAGCCUGUGAAUACCAGGGCAGGCCCACUAAUCUCCUUGGAGUCCAGAAAUGUUUCCAGAGCACCCGCUCCUACCAGAAGAAUCCCAAGGGUGACUGUGGUGUUGUGUAUCAUCGUUACCAUCUCUGAAUUUUCUACUGCCACCACAUAAGAGUCAAGAAGUGAGGGUGAGUAGAAAGGAAUAUCUGGUGGAAGGAAAGGAAGGUGUACAUGCGGGGACUGGAGUGAAGCAGGGAGCAUUGAGAACAGUAGUCCCUGGUGUCCCACGUUUGCACUUGGCUUCCUGCCUCCAGUAUCAAGCCCCAAGGCAGUUAGAAAGCUGAGUGUUCCUGGCCAAACCAUUAACGCUGAUGGUGUUUACAGAAGCUGAGCUGUCCCUCUUGCUACACAACGUGGUCCUGCUUUCCGUCAACUACGUUGGGACAAGGCGCUGAGCGAACACGGAGUGGAUGGCAUUGUCCUGCAGCCACAUAGUCACAGCAGCGUGGUACCAAACAGCACUGGGCGGCAGAGUGUGUGUGCACUCUUAGGUGUGCGGGAGGCAGAGGAGCAGGUGCCACAGGCUUCGUAGCGUGGUACCCAUGUUGGAGCUGGAACUGAAACAAAUCCUCUCUCCAGAGGGGGCCCAUGUGAGGUCUCUUCCCAACUUCCUCAGAAUCAGCCUGAGCUGCCUCUGUACUGGGCUUUAAUUGUGAUGUUUGAAGUCCAGAUCCUAGAAGUGAGCUUUUGCCCCAGGUGGAAAUCCUCAUUUGGCCUAGGACUUACCCACGGACGGCCACACUCAUUACAGCUGUGUUUUUGGUAGUUUCUGGCUGGUGAGGGGAAUAGCACUGUUUGAAUUGGAGCAUUGACAUCUAUGGGUGUACCUCAGUGCUGCCCUCAAAACUUUUUGUUAUGACCAAAAAUUGGCUUUUUUUUGGUUCCUUCACUGGGUUAACCACUCCCUUUCCUUUCCAAAUCCUUGAACAUCUUUUUAUUUUUUUUUUAAGCAAAUAGUUAUUCAUGUACGGGAACAUUCUAGUGGAAAAGAUAGAAGGAAAUACAAGUGUUUCUUGACCCUUCCCUUAUUUAUAGCCUUCAUGCCCACCCCGCGCCCCCACCCCCUUGUCUUAAUUUCUGGGCUGUGCUGCCGCCCCUAAGGAUCUUGAACUCUGCUACCUCCACUGUGCUACAGCGGUCCAGCUGUGAUGGACAGUGGCCACCAUCUUUGGGCCAUGGAUUAAAUCUCUAAGGUAGUAGUGACUGCCCCGCGGGGGGACCAGGAGAGGCCUGCAUUGUGAGUAAGUUGGGUUUAGCUUUUGUCUGUGUACAUCAGUGGCUUGUAGUAACUUAUUGUAAAUGCAUGAAGCACUGUUUCAAAGCCAAAGUAAAGACUGCCUGAAACUGGUUGCUGAAAUGA